AAGAAAGAAUAUUCGGAUGCGUAUCGUCGUGCCGAACAAUUGGUUGUUUAUGUGCGAGCGUUACAUAUGCUGUCGUCGGCUCUGCUUCUGGCGCAAAAGCAAGUCAGUGCAGAGGCAUUACAUCCAUCACCGGCUGUGCAACAUGUUCUGAAUCAGUUGAAUGACAAAUAUCAUCAGUGUCUGAUGCGUUCUCAAGAACUGGCAUCUUUGGGUUUGCCGGCAGCAGAUCCAGCAAUGGCAGUGAUAUCAGCCGAACGCAUCAUGUACAAGCAUGCGAUUGAUUUAUGUCAGAGUGCUGCAUUAGAUGAACUCUUCGGAAAUCCUCAUCUUUGCUCACAACGGUAUCAAACAGCUUAUAUGAUGUUGCAUACACUCUCUGAACAAGUAUCCAGUGAAUCCGAUAAAAUGAUCCUCUCCAAAUACAAAACCGCUGUCGAGAAGCGUUUGAGAAUUCUCGAGAAGCAGGGCCUCGUUCAAGCGAUAAGUACUACGUAG